GCGACUUCAGUAGAGAUACCCUAAAAGUUCAGGAGCCAAAAGGUUACAUACAGCCCAAAGUCCCAAACUAAAUCAAUCGUUCAAUCCUUUUCCCCUUUUAAUUAGGUUUACAACAAAUAUUAAAUUAACAUGAUUUUCACGAAAACCCAAACCCCACAUGGACAUAGAUUCAUUCUUUUUGAUUCCGACUCUAAUCCCUGAUCUCCGCCGCUGCCUGAACCCCAGCAGCCCCGUUCAGAUCCGCCGGGCGCUCCACUCAACUCUUCAGUCGUUGUUGCAUGACCCCUCCACUUUGUCGCUCGUCUCCUCCAAUUCGCCGCUAGGGCUCCCGACUCCGGCUGUGCCCCCGCCGGCGAUCAGCUCACUGUUGGUCGCUCGCCCGACUUCCCCGUUCUCUUUGGAGGUCUGGAUCAGUGAAUCCCCGUUCGAACCAUCUUUCCAGGUUCAAUCUCUCUGCAUUACCAUCGCCGUCGGAGUUCGUAGUUCGUUGAUGUGCUUUCCCUUGUAAACCCGGUAUGGUUCAGUGUUGCCGCUCUGAUUGAUGAUAAAGUAGCUGACUUUGCAGAAUAUCAACGAACUGCUUAGUCUUUUAUUUUGUUGAAUUGAAUAACAAUCUCAGAAUCAGCAUUCAGAAUGCUUCUUAGUGAAACACAUUUUCCUACAAUCGAUGUUCUUUUUGCAUGAAUCAGUAGGGUGAGUGAGUGAUUUGGCUGUUCAUUCCCUUAAUCAGUCGAUGGUGCUUUUUAUUUGAAUCAGUAGGAUGAGUGGGUGGGUAGGUUCAUUCCCCCAAUUUCGUCUAUUUGAUGUCAAAUACUUGAUAUUUGCAGUUUCGGUAACUUCGAUCCGAAGAAUUUCGCAAUGGAUCGUGGAAAGAAGCAGGGCAAGUUCAUUGCCAACAAGAACCACAAGAUCUACAUGGAUCUUAAGGACAUCAUAAGAGAAGUAGCCCUUCCGUACCUUCCCGCCAAAUCCCUCCGGCGAUGCACAUCCGUCUGCCGGGAGUGGAGGUUGCAGAUCUCGACACCUUUCUUCGCUCACAGCCAGUCCAACUCCUUCCGCGACUUGUCCGGCUUCUUCUGUCGCUCCACGUCGGGCGAACCCACUUUCCUGCCCUUUGAUCCAAUGGCAUAUGGCGUGGCUGACCCUUCCUUCAGCUUCCUGCCCGAACCGGUCUUUGUCCGAUGCUCCUCCAACGGCCUAGUCUGCUGCCAGGGCCGAAGCGGCCAGAAACCCUACUACGUCUGCAACCCUGUCACCAAGCAGUGGACCAAGCUCCCUCGACACAAUGCGGACCACGGGUCUGACCCGGCCAUCGUGAUGGCCUUCGAGCCGUCGCUGCUCAACUUUGUGGCCGACUACAAGCUGAUCUGUGCAUUCCCUUCUGAGCUCGACGGCUGCGAGUUUGAGAUAUACUCCUCGGCGGAAAAAAGUUGGAGAAUCUCCAAUGAGAUCUGCUUUGGCGACAGGAAGCUCGUGCCGAGUUCUGGCGUGUACGCUGGUGGGAGUGUCUAUUGGGGGUCGACAACCAGAGGGAUCCUAGCGUUCAAUCUGACAAGCGAGCGGACGACCAUCCAGUCCUCGUACUCAUACGCGGCCAGGUACCCACCCUCCGGUGUUUCCUGUGCUCUCGGGUAUACGAACGGGAAGCUCGCUGUUGCUUCCGUCAUUGGUCCCCAACUGAACGUCGUUCAACUGUCCAACACCUUCACCAACACGAUGCAGAUGAAUAGUAGAGCCAGAGCUUGGGACACGAAGUGGUGAUCGAUUCUUCCCUCUUCGAGGGGAGUCGGCUGGAUCAAGCUAGCGCGAUGUUUGUUGGCGGAGAUACCGUGGUGAUUAAAGCCGACAAGGCACUUGUAUGCUAUAACAUGAGGACCAGGAGAUUCUCGACGGUAGCUGCUGAUGUUGAUUAUAGCUCCAGGAUGGUUCCUUAUGUUAAUAGCCUCGUUGAGAUGUGAUUCUGGCUCUCUAUAAUCUCUCUCUCCCUUGUAUCUGUGACUCCGUGAGUGGAGCUUUGAACCUUAAGCUUGAGAACUAGCAAUAAUGCUCUGUAGAUGGAAGUUUCUUGGGUUUCCUUUCAAAUAGGUGCAUAUGGCUGUGCUUCCUUGUGUAUUUUUUUGGUUAUUUUCCCUGUUUUUUAGGGUUACUCUGACCUGAAAGCAGGAGAUGGGAAAAUUCAUGACCGAAUGAGUUUUGUUUAUCUUUUACAUUGAUUAAUUUAUAAUUAUAUUUAAAAUAUUUAUCCGACCCGUUGGUUGGAUGAAUUUUAUUUUAAGUUGAUCAAAUUUUUUAUUGUUUUAAAUUAAUUUGAGGUUUUCUA